AUGAAGCAGGGAACGACCCGCCCGCGGGUUGGUCUAACAGGAGCUGUUCUACUCCUUGUAGUCUGGACUGUCGCGAUCCUCAUAGAUUGUUCUUCAGGCAGUCGGGUCCUUUUUGACCGCCGUCCUAUACUAGCCCGGCUACGUCGCGCAACUUCCUUUGUCGACUCCACCAGCGGUCAGAAUGCCUCCCCCCGCCCGACGAAAACAGAUAAAAUUCGGAAACCACGAAACGACAGUAGAAACUACCGCUACAUCGAGCUGCCAAACGAGUUGCGAGCCCUCCUCGUUUCAGAUCCGGAAUGCGAUGAAGCAGCUGCAUCGAUGCGUGUGGGUGUGGGCUCCAUGUCGGACCCGCCCAAGAUACCUGGCCUGGCCCAUUUUACAGAACACAUGCUGUUUCAGGGAUCCAAGCGGUUCCCCGGUACGCAUGACUUCUUCGAUUUCGUCCACAACCAUGGUGGCUAUACCAAUGCCUUCACGAGCAAGUUUUCGACGGUCUUCUCCUUCUCCAUUGGCCCCGGGUUCCUGGAACCUGGGCUCGACCGCUUGGCUGACCUCUUCUCUGCCCCGCUGCUGAAAAGCGAAAACCUGCUCAAAGAAGUCAACGCCGUUCAUUCGGAGUACAUCAUUGACCUCACCGAUGACGGCCGUAGGAAGCACCAUCUCAUUCGGCAGACAGCUAAAGGCGGUCCGUUCUCUAAUUUCACCGUCGGAAACCUCGAGAGCCUCAUGGAGCGGACGAAGCAGCAGGGCAUCGACCCGGUCAAAGCCAUGCGCGAGUUCCACAACAAAUGGUACUCGUCAAAUCUCAUGACGUUGGCUGUGGUGGGCCGAGAAUCUCUUGAUGUCCUCGAAAGUCACGUCCGCAAGCACUUCGGCAACGUCCCCAAUGGUCGUGUCACCCCUCCAGUAUUCGAAGAAUGUUCUGAAGCAUUCAUUCCUCUUGAUCCGAAUGAACUCGGUACUGAAACGCUCGUAGUUCCGGAAGCAGACCUUCACGAUGCCACUUUCGUCUUUUAUCUGCCACCCCAAGCGAAGAACUGGCGAAGCAAGCCUCUGCAGUUCAUUUCUGAAAUGCUGGAACACGAAGGACCAACAUCUCUGUCAAGCAAACUCAAACGCGAGGGUCUCAUCACGUCUCUUGUUACGGAUUACUGGUCGCCAGAGCUUUGCACCGUCUUACAGGUCAACGUGCGCUUAACAGAAGGAGGACGAUCCAAGGAGAGCGUCUAUAAAAUAGGCCACGCUCUUUUCACCUUUCUUCGAAACCUCGGCGUCUCUCGCCCUGAACGCUGGCGUGUGACGGAGAUGGCCAAGAUCCGCCAGCUUGGAUUCGCGUUUGCCGACAUGCCGGAUCCGUAUGCAUUAACUGUUAGAGCCGUGGAAGGGCUGAACUACUACACGCCUGAGGAAGUGAUUGCUGGAGAUCGGCUUAUCUACCAUUUCGACCCGGACAUCAUUCAGCAGUAUGUGCAGAAGUUCCUGGUUCCCGAUAACGUUCGUCUUUUCAUAUUUGAUAAGAAACUUGCGGCAGAUGUGGAUCGCGAGGAGUACUGGUUCAAGAUCAAGCAUGGAGUUGAACCCAUAAUGGAUUCCGCGUUCAAGAAGUGGAAGGAAAUCACCUCAGCCCCAGCUAACACGGUGCAGAGUAUGAUGCGAAUGGAAGGCAUGGCACUUCCUGCUCCAAAUCGAUUCCUUCCAAAUAAUGUCGCCAUCCUUCCUCGUCCGCCUGGUUCCGGGCAAGGCGCUGAGAAGAGUGCCUUCCCGGAGCCUCUUGUCUUUGCCGGCGACCACAUCUGCGCCAACAAAUGUGCUGUUUUUCACAAGCAAGACACCACUUUUCACUCUCCAAAGGCUGUCGUCGAGCUUCAAAUAUAUUAUACUGGAAGUCAUGAAGACGGCGUCCGCGAGCGCAUCCUGACUGCGCUGUACGUGCAGAGUCUUAGAUUCGCUCUGCGUGAGCGGUUCGCCGAUACGCACAGGGCAGGCAUGUCUCUUGGCCUGGGUAGCGGUGUCGCCGUCGGGUCCACCACGCUUCCGACCGUAAAGCGACAGAGAGUGCUGACACUCUCUGCGGCAGGCUUUUCGGACAAGCUCGAUUAUGUGCUUCGCGCAUUCGCAAAGUCUCUCGCGGCAACUGAGGGUGCGUCAGAUGAAAAGCCAAUCCCUUCACCUAUGGAACUUGGAGUCACUAUGUCUCACGGCGUGAGACAUUUGAUGCACUCCCGCGUCACCGCUCCAUCUAAUGUACUCGCUUCGGUCCAGUCAAGCCGUGUAUACACCACCGCAGUUCGCUUGCCUGGAGGCGGCCGAGCCGCGCGUCGGACCCUGACACACGACCAGAUCACAACUAUGCAUCGGAAACCGGCCUCGAUGGAUGUAACUCUGAUGAGAACUCCCGUAUCCUCAUUGGGCAUCCGGAUCGUCGGCGGAAGAGCAGAAAGAGAAGCUACAUCGGUUGUUGCUGGUGGAGGAAAACCCCUCCUGGAGAAGCGUUUCUUCAGGCUGGCCUUUGAUCAGCUGCGGACAGACUUGCGAGUAGCAACCCUCAACCGCACCCCUUUAGCGCAAGCGAACGACGCUGUUUUGGAGCUGAUCAUGCACCCACAUGUUCCAGUCCACAAAAUGUAUGCCGCCUUAUUCGAAAUGGAAAAGAAUCACCCGACUCUGGACGCAAUCUUCGAAGAGGUUGCAGACUGGGGGGUAAAGCUUUGGAAUGAAGCUGCCGUCGAGGGACUUGUCCAGGGUAACAUUACCUCCGAGUCAGCCACACAGCUCGUAGGGGACGUAAUUUCCCUACUUCCACUCAAAAACAUCGUCGCGGCCAACACGAUUGCCAAACCCACAAUUUCGUCGUUUUCUUCCCUGAGGAGAGCAAGUUCCGUUGCCCCACAAUCCUCGUCCAAACAAGAUUCCGUUCCUUCAUCUGACAUGCCUACGUCGACCGAGACACUAUCCAUGCCGUCGUCUGCGGAGAGUCAAACGCCUGAAUCAACAGACCGCGCCUCUUUCCCUAUGGAGUCUACUACAGGCCCCGCGCCUUACUCUGUGGAGUUGUCAACAGGGCGCACACCAUACCCUGAUGAUCUUCCAACAAGCAGUACACCAUACCCUGAUGAUCUUCCAACAAGCAGUACACCAUACCCUGAUGAUCUUCCAACAAGCAGUACACCAUACCCUGAUGAUCUUCCAACAAGCAGUACACCAUACCCUGAUGAUCUUCCAACAAGCAGUACACCAUACCCUGAUGAUCUUCCAACAAGGAGUACACCAGCCGCUGAUGAUCUUCCAGCAAGCAGUACACCAUACCCUGAUGAUCUUCCAACAAGCGGUACACCAUACCCUGAUGAUCUUCCAACAAGCAGUACACCAUACCCUGAUGAUCUUCCAACAAGCAGUACACCAUACCCUGAUGAUCUUCCAACAAGGAGUACACCAGCCGCUGAUGAUCUUCCAACAAGCAGGACACCAUACCCUGAUGAUCUCCCAAUAAGGAGUACACCUUCACCGAUUGUGCUUUCAGCGGGACGGGCACCGUCCGUUGUCGUCUCUCCAAUAGAGCGUACAUCAUCCCCUGCUCUCCUUCCAACAGAGCGUACACCUCUCACUGAACGUAUUGCGCAGGCUCUACGGCCAGUUGGAGAGGCGGCAGCUGUGAGGAGGCUCUUAGUAUUGAGAAGAUCAAGCAUCCACCGAAUGCCCUAUAGUCCCUUCCAGUACUCGAGUACCUGGUUUCAUCCGAGCUCGAAUAGUCGAAGACAAAUGAUGCUGCGCAUGGCAUUAAGGAGGCAGCUGGGGGCACUGACUAGACAGGCGCAGCCAGACACAGAGGGGAAGCCAUCGACUGUCUUCGUGUUCCGUCGUCUUGCCCCAAUGCCACGGCGCCUAAACAUUGAACAAGGUCCCUCAUUUCUGCAACGCCAAGGCGAGUAUGCCGCCUCCGGUUCAGCCCCGCAUAGUGAUUGUACAAACGGUGCUUGUGCAAAGGGUGCAUGCAGCGGCACUGGAUGUCAGAAAACGCCUGUAAAGCCAUCUGGAGGUCCUUGUAAAGGGGAUGCGUGUACCGGAUCAUCUUGCAAUUCACUCGAAUGCCAACGAUCCUCUUCGAGCAAAUCUGAUCAUCCAUGCACGGGUGACGAGUGCCCGGUCCCAUGCAGAGGGCCGGGUUGUUCAGCACCAGCCUCUCAUCCCUCCCCUUGCACUGAAACAGAGUGUGGAAAGAACUCCUGUCCUGGCUGCAAACAGGAGGAAGAGAAACUGGUUCAGUUGCGUUCAAUAAGGAAGAAUCUGAACCCGAAUGACAAGAAGAACCAGGCGUAUCUUUUAAUUGAGGUUGGUGCGCUUCCGAACAUCCACGACCGGGCAGUAUUGUACAUGGUCAGCCGAUGGAUGUCUCAGCGAUUCUUCAACAAGCUUCGAACUGAGCAGCAACUUGGUUAUCUGACAGCGAUGCAUUCCAGUCGUCUAGAAGACAGAUUUUAUUAUAGAUUUUUCAUCACUUCGACUUAUGACCCGGCUGAAGUGGCCGACCGCAUUGUGGAGUUCAUUAACGCAGAACGCUCCAAGAUCCCAACCCAGGAGGAGUUUGCCACUCUUAAGCAGGCGGCUAUCGACGUCUGGAAGCAGAAACCGAAGAACAUUUUCGAGGAAUUCCGCAAGAACCGGCGUCAAGUUGUACUAGGCGAUAGGCUCUUUGACAUCAAUGAACGCAUGGUUGCUGAACUCGAGCGAGUGACUCCGGAGGAAAUUCAGAGUUUCAAGGAGAAGACAAUGUUCAACGCACCCUGGUUGCUCAUGGAAGUCUACUCGCAGCGAGAAAAGCCGCAGAUGCUUCCACAAGCCAACGGUGCAUCCGGCGAAAGCAAGCUCGACCCGUGGGUGGACAUUGAUCCUGAAUUGCUGUCGAACAUCACUGUCCCUGAUAUGGAAUCUGAUUAAGACCAGUUGUUUUGUAUAUUAUCUUUUGUGUCUGUUGUAUCCGGUUCACAUAUGCUUAUGUUAGUUCAAGUGUGAAUAAACAAACAGGGAGACAUCUGCCAAACGUGCGCAGUUGGCGAAUUCAGUCAGCCUCGAGAGUUGAAUGUAGGGGCAAGACAGUGCCCAGUCAGGUGAGCGUGUCUUAAUACAGUCCGCAUG